GAGGACGAGCUUUCCUUCAGCGAUCCCGAGGGCUUCGUGGACGACAUCAGCGACGAAGAAUUACUUGGUGAUGUACUGAAAGACCAGCCGCAGGAAGCAGAUGGAAUUGAUUCAGUGAUAGUGGUGGAUAACGUUCCCCAGGUUGGACCAGACCGACUUGAGAAACUCAAGAAUGUCAUCCACAAAAUAUUUUCCAAGUUUGGUAAAAUUAUAAACGAAUUUUAUCCAGAAGCAGAUGGGAAGACAAAAGGGUACAUCUUUCUGGAGUACAUGUCUCCAUCUCACGCAGUGGAUGCUGUGAAGAAUGCAGAUGGAUACAAACUGGAUAAGCAGCACACUUUCAGAGUCAAUCUUUUCACAGACUUUGACAAGUAUAUGACGAUCAGUGACGAGUGGGAAAUCCCUGAGAAACAGCCAUUUAAAGAUUUGGGGAAUCUUCGUUACUGGUUGGAAGAUCCUGAUUGUAGAGAUCAGUACAGUGUGAUCUUUGAGUCAGGAGACCGGACCUCCAUUUUUUGGAAUGAUAUCAAGGAGCCUGUUCAAAUUGAGGACAGAGCACGGUGGACAGAAACCUACGUACGUUGGUCUCCCAAGGGUACCUAUCUGGCUACAUUCCACCAGAGGGGCAUCGCACUUUGGGGUGGAGAGAAGUUCAAGCAGAUUCAAAGGUUUAGUCACCAAGGAGUACAGCUUAUUGACUUCUCGCCCUGUGAGAGAUAUUUAGUGACCUUCAGCCCUUUGAUGGACACGCAGGAUGACCCUCAGGCUAUUAUCAUCUGGGAUAUUCUGACUGGGCAAAAGAAACGAGGAUUCCACUGUGAAAACUCGGCUCACUGGCCUAUUUUUAAAUGGAGUCAUGAUGGGAAAUUCUUUGCUCGAAUGACUUCAGAUACCCUCAGCAUCUAUGAAACACCUUCUAUGGGAUUGUUGGACAAAAAAAGCUUGAAAAUCAAUGGGAUAAGAGAUUUCUCAUGGUCUCCAGGUGGUAACAUAAUUGCUUUCUGGGUGCCUGAGGACAAAGACAUCCCAGCAAGAGUGACCUUAAUGCAGCUGCCUGCCAGACAAGAGAUCCGUGUGCGGAAUUUGUUCAAUGUUGUAGAUUGUAAACUACACUGGCAGAAGAAUGGUGAUUACCUGUGUGUGAAGGUAGACAGGACUCCCAAAGGCACACAGGGAGUAGUGACCAACUUUGAAAUAUUCCGAAUGAGAGAGAAACAGGUGCCUGUGGAUGUGGUGGAAAUGAAAGAAAGCAUCAUAGCCUUUGCUUGGGAACCAAAUGGAAGCAAGUUUGCUGUGUUGCAUGGAGAAACUCCACGAAUUUCAGUUUCCUUUUACCACGUUAAAAACAAUGGGAAAAUAGAACUCAUCAAAACGUUUGACAAACAGCAGGCAAACACGAUAUUCUGGAGUCCUCAAGGUCAAUUUGUAGUGUUGGCUGGCCUCAGAAGCAUGAACGGUGCCUUAGCAUUUGUUGAUACAUCUGAUUGCACCAUGAUGAAUAUUGCUGAACACUAUACAGCUUCAGAUGUGGAAUGGGAUCCUACAGGCAGAUACAUUGUGACUUCUGUAUCUUGGUGGAGCCAUAAGGUGGACAAUGCAUAUUGGUUAUGGACCUUCCAAGGACGUCUGCUUCAGAAGAACAAUAAGGACAGGUUCUGUCAGCUUCUGUGGAGACCACGACCAGCUACCUUGCUCAGUGAGGAUCAGAUAAAGCAAAUUAAGAAGGAUCUGAAGAAGUACUCAAAGAUAUUUGAGCAGAAGGAUCGCCUGAGCCAGUCCAAAGCUUCAAAAGAGCUGGUGGAGAGGAGACGUACGAUGAUGGAAGAAUUCAGGAAGUACCGCAAGAUGGCACAAGAGUUGUACAUGGAGCAAAGGAACGAGCGCUUAGAGCUUCGGGGAGGGGUAGACACGGAUGAGCUGGACAGCAAUGUUGAUGACUGGGAGGAGGAGACUGUUGAAUUUUUUAUCAAUGAAGAAAUUAUUACACUUGCAGAGCCAGAGUAAUCUAAUAAACUGUGCACCACCGUAACUUGUGCUGAAAAGAGGUUUGUUCAUUUUCAGAAAGUCUACAUCAAUUUUGGAAUUUUUAAUCCAUAUUCUUACACUCUGGAAGGGUGGACGCACCAGAUUUUCUCCAUUCUGCCACACUGUAGUGCCUUUAAGUCUUGCUGCCUGCUGCAGUGAGAUACUGAAAAGGCACUGCUUUUAAAUUUUUAUUCCUUUUUAGGGUUCAUUUUUCUUUUAAAAUCCACUAAUACCAGUAUUUACUUCCUGACUCCUGUGCAGUCCUUCCCAACUGGCAUUUUGACUUUCUGCCAGUGAAGUGAGAUUCAUCAGCGCGCAUCUCUUACACACAAUGUUUCUGUUUCAGGACUCUUUUUAUGUCCCGAGUGCAUGGACAGAUGUUCACUUUGUUUGGGGAAAAGUCUACAGAUCCAUUUUUCGUAUGAUGUGUUUUAGUGUGCUGAAGCAGCACUACAGUGGGCUGUAUCCUCCUCCUUUCAGAUUGUGAAAGGAUGUCUCCCUCAAAGAGCUGAAUAUGGAAAUAAAGGCAGACUAAUACUAAAACCA